UCCCCACCGGCUGCCCCAGGCGCUUUGCUGCCGUAGCGCUCGGCGCUUGCCGCCAUUAGGCAGCGCGGCGGGGCGGGCUCCGCGCUACUGCCGGCGGCCAUGCGGAGGGUCAACAGCUGUCUGUCUGCUGAUGAUGUCCUCCUGGAGGAUUUGGAGACAGAAGGAGAAAGGCAGCUGAAGAGCCUCCUUCACCAUCAGCUUGACACCACUGUCUCCAUUGAACAGUGCAAGUCCAAGCGACGAUGUUUUGCCCCUGCAGCUUUCUACAAACCCUUUGGAGAGGAGGCGGCAGGUGCUCUAACUUUAUCACAGUUCCAGGCACUGCAGGAGAAUGACAAAGAAACAGCUUCUCUCCGGGAACUGGGGCUCUCAGACUCAGAGAUCCUACUCUGGAAGAACCAGACUUCAGCACAGAAGGGCUCUGGUUUGGGGGCAGCCCCCGAGGCCACGCAGCAUCGGCUGCAGGCCAUCCAGGAGAAGAUCACAGAACGCCAGCACAUCCUCUCCCUGCCACAGAGAUUUGCCGGCAGCAAACAGCUGAGCCGGCGGGAGAUGGAAAUCGAGAAUGCACUCUUCCAGGGGACAGACCGUCAUUCCUUCCUGAGGGCACUCUAUCACCAAGAUGAAGCUCAGAAGAGGUUGGCAAGUGAGAAGGACCCAAUGGGUAACCUGGAGACUGUUUAUCAAGAAAUGCUAAGCAAACAGUUACCUGAAGAAUGUCCAUGUGUAGAGGGUGAUCCAUGCUGGCCUUGCUCCCUGGCCCUAACUGGACCUGUGAAUAAAGAAACAAGGCUACUUUCCAACCAGGAAAAGAAGGUAGAACACGAUGGAGAUCCCAUUGUCCCUGCACCAAAGCCUGUGGAAUCUGAAGCCCAACAGCCCACCCCAAACCCCGUGGCUAUAAAGGAGUCUGUGGAUUUCAUUCCAGAAGAGGAGAUCCAGAAGAACCGUCUCUCAGAGGAGGAAAUCCAGAACAUUCCCCGGUUUGCCUCAUACAGUCCAGGAAAGCCAAGCAAGGUGCUGUAUCUGAAGAACCUAAGUCCCCGGGUGACAGUGAGGGAGCUGGUUUCCUUAUUUGCUCGAUUCCAGGAGAAGGACAGGCCACCAAUUCAGUUCCGCCUGCUGAAUGGCCGCAUGAGGGGCCAAGCCUUCAUCACCUUCUCCAGUGUGGAGGUUGCCCAGAAGGCUUUGCUGCUGGUGAAUGGAUAUAACUUGCAGGGGAAACCAUUGGUGAUUGAGUUUGGGAAGAACAAGGGGCAGUCAAGUUCUGACUCUGCCUCCCCCAGUUGCGGUGCUGUAAACAGUGUGGGUAGCUCCACUACCAAGUAGGAGACAAAUACUACACAGGGUCUCCUAGACUGUGGUAACUCCCCUGUCAGAACUGGACCAGCAAAGGACUAUCCCUGUAUAAAUCUCAAGGUCAGACAGGAGAGACUUGGGGGCUAAGCUCCUUUCAGGGAAGUGCUGAAGAAAGGUAGAAAGUCCCAUCAUGUGCUGAGGGGGCUACCAGGAUGGUAGGAAUGGAACCAGCCUCUCCUAGCACGGAGCACAUUGGCAUGGGGUCCAUAUUUUGACUGUUUGGUUUGAAGGAGUCUGAGGAUCUUACGUUGAUGUGCAUUGCUCGGGCACUGUGCAAAGUGUUCCCAGGGGUGAUACUGGGCUGUAUUUGUUUCUGUCCAGAUUAUAAACAGGCAACUUUAGCACUGUUUGGAGAGGAUGCCUAUAUCCCACCACAUUCAGGUAUGUGUUAAUUUUUCCCUCCUGUGUUAUGCCUAUAUACUGGUUCCAUUAUCCAAAUACCUUCUAUUUAGGAGGAGGGAAAUGUGUUUUAUAAAUAUAUUUUCCCAGGAGAUGUCCUUCUGUCAUAGAUGAUUAUGUGCCUCUAUAAUUAGAGAGCUGCACUUGUUAUCUUCCCUGCUCUGAGGAAACCAAUUUGGAGAUGACAGGAGCCCUCAGCGUAGAGUCGGUUCUCAAGGCCCAGAUGUUAUCCUUUGCAACUAACAGGUGCUGAUAACAGAUCUCAGUGCAAUGUGCCUCUCUUUACCUCCCUUUCAGGAGUCCCAGUUGCCACAUAGAGUAGAACAGCAGUGGCAAAAGUGUCCCCACUCCAUUUGCUGUUUUCCACAAUGUGUUUAACUGCAAAGUGCCAUAGUAGUAGGAUUUUUUUCCCCACUGGUAUGUCUUCCUGACCACUCACUCUUGUACCGCAAAUAAUAUCCUGAAGCAUGAAGACUGGUACUUCUUGUGAUUGUUCCCAGCUAGUACCUGUGCAGGUGCAGUAGUUGAUAUAAAUACCUUGUUGCUUUCUAAAAAUGAUGCCAUUUCCUUUUGUAAUGUCUGCCUCCAUCAUUAAAUAUGGUAGGAUAAUGUCAUGCUUCUUUUGCACCAUCCUAGCUGUGCCUGGAGAGUCGCAGCUGAAAUCUUCUUGCCUGGUGAUUGAAGGAACCAACACCUUAUUAAUAAAGUGAGCUGCAGAAACUGCCACUCUUACGAAGAGCACCAAUUCCCAACACCGGCUGGGUCUCUUCUCAAGCAGCCAGUCAGGAGUCCAGCUGUCUGCAGCUUUUUAAUUCCCUUGUUAGUUUUUUUCCUUGGCUGUCAGUUUGACUCUUUUGGCCAUUGUCUUCCUUGUCAGCUUGUAUUAGCCUUGUACCAUGUGAGUACAAAUGUUGAAUGGAGGAUUGUGUGGUGCUUAGGGGAAAUUUGGAACAACACAAAGGCACGACAUGCAAGUAUUGUUAUUUCCCCCAGUCCUAAAGGAUGCUCUGCAAGCUGCCUCGUGGCCUCUGCCUUGGCAGACUUUGUUUCUUCCCACUUAAAAUACUUCAUUCUCCCAGACAGCAACUUAUUGGGCAAAAUAUCUCAGGACCAUUCUAGAAUGCUACAGACACUUGAGGCCUCAAUAUGUGUUCACCCUGUCCUGUUGGGUUCCUGUUGCUACAGAACAUUUGCGUGUCACCAAAAGGUGUGGUUCUGAGGGUUACUGCAGACUGACUUGAUUGAAGCAAAUGGCAUGGGGAGUGAGAAGAUGGAACCUCACAGGAGGUUGGGGAGGUUUGGGGAGCUAGAGGUGUAUCUGGAUUGUCCACUUUUGUUUCCUUUUGUCAAUAAACCUUUUAGUGUUUUCAUGCCCAU